CAUAGCUGUUUGUCUUAGUUGUCUUGUCCAGUAAGAGAAAGAGGAGAGAGAGAGAAAGAGAGCUGAAGAGAAGAAAGAAGAACACGAAAGAGAGAAGGCUUUUUCAAUUUCAAGUCUGAAGAAAUUCAAAGACGAAAGAGAAAGAAAAAAUAAAAGUAAACAAAAGGUCAUCAAUCUCGAUAACAAUGGCGAGGUUUUGGUCAGUGGGUAUCAUCGUGAUCUGCGCCUUAAUAAUGGUGGUGAGCUUGUCGGCUACUGUUGAAGCCGGCGGAGGAGGCGAAUUCAUCGGGUGGGUUCGAUCGAAGGGAGGCUGCGAUGGGUCAAUAGCCGAGUGCUUAGCUGAGGAAGAGGAGUUUGAGUUGGACUCGGAGAGCAACAGGCGCAUCUUAGCCACCAAAAAGUACGUCAGCUACGGUGCGCUGCAGAGGAACACUGUCCCUUGCUCUCGCCGUGGAGCUUCAUACUACAAUUGCAAGCCUGGGGCGCAAUCCAAUCCUUACAACCGUCAAUGCUCCUCCAUUUCGAGGUGCAGGAGUUAAUUCUCUUUCUCUUUAUUUCAACAAAAAAAAAAUUAAUAAUUAUUUUUUUUCUUUUUGGGUUAUGGAAAUGGGUUUGAUUGUUAUACUUUAACAAACGAAAAAAGAAAGAGGAGAGUGUUAAUGGGGGAGGGGGCAUUGUUGUUAUUGUUCAUGCAAAUACUCUUAUAGUUAAUAUUUCGAAUUUUCUGUAAAA